UGGUCAUAAUUCUUUUUUUGAUUUUGUUUUUAAUAAAUAAAAUAUUUUGGAGUCUUUUGGUCACCUUCCCCACAAAUAAACAAAUUAAAACCAUUAAAUUUUCUUCUCCUGUUUUUUUUUCCACAUAAAUUUCUCAUAAUCUCCAUUAAUUACUACUUCUCAUCGUCUUCCUCUCCAAUAAUGGUUCAUGUUCUAGAGUUUCACCUUGGGAAAAUCAAAUCGCACAACACCACAACCAAAGCUCUGUUACUACUCUUCACCUCCGUCAUCUUCUCCACCAUCGCCAUUUACUUUCUCAACACUUCAUUUCUUCAAUGGCCGACGUCGUUUAUACCCGGACCAAAAUGUGAAAUCUUUCAUGGAAAAUGGGUUCCUUCUCCACAAAACCAGCCUUACUACUACACCAACCAAACAUGUCACGAAAUCUUCGAGAAGCAAAACUGCAUCAAGUUCGGUAGACACGACACAGAUUUCUUGAAAUGGAGAUGGAAACCACACCGAUGCGAACUUCCCCUCUUCGAUGCUAGACAGUUCUUGGAGCUUCUCAGAGGAAAAUCCAUGGCGUUCGUCGGUGACUCUGUUGGCAGAAACCAGAUGCAGUCAUUACUCUGCCUCUUAUCUACUGUCGAGAAUCCAAUCUAUAUCGACACAAUCGAUUCAAGACACACGAGCAGAGUAUUCAGAAACUACAGUUUCACAGUUUCAGCUUUCUGGUCACCUUACCUAGUCGAAUCAAUCGAGACAGACGAUUACCCAAAUAACAAGACAAAAACUCGCCUCAUGAUUCUUCAUUUAGACAAACCCAGCAGUUCAUGGAGAACCCAAAUCCAGAAAUUCGACUACGUAAUCAUCUCUGCAACAAGAUGGUUUUUCGGACCCGAAGUUUACUACGAAAACGACAAGAUUAUCGGCUGCCAUGAUUGCCAGAAACCCAACGUCAAAGAUCUCACCAUGUUCUACGGCUACCGCAAGGCAUUCGAGACAACGUUUAAGACAUUGUUGAAGCUCGAAAAUUACAGGGGAGUUACGGUGUUGAGGACAUUGUCGCCGGCGCAUUUCGAGCACGGAGAGUGGAACAAUGGAGGGUAUUGUAACAGGACAAGCCCUGUUUUAAUAUCAGAGAUGAAGCUGGAAUGGCCUGAUGCAGAGCUUUAUUUGAUUCAGAGGGAGGAAUUCAAGGUGGCGAAGAGGGAAGGAGAAGAGAGAGGGCUGAAAUUUAGGUUGCUGGACAUAACUGAUGCGAUGGUGGUGAGACCUGAUGGGCACCCUAAUCAUUAUGGGCACUCGCCGGAGGAGAAGGUGACGAUAGCCGAUUGUGUGCACUGGUGUCUGCCGGGACCGAUUGAUUCUUGGAAUCAGUUUUUGCUUCACGUGGUGAAGAUGGAAGCUGAGGAGGAGAAUUCUGUUCACAGAAAAGGGCUAUGAAAUGAAAAAAAUUAUUGAAGGUCGCAUUAUAGAUAAAUUUUGUGGGGUUAAUCCAUCAUGUGUUUCAGUUGCCUAAAAUAAUGUUUUAAAAAAAUUUAUUCCUACAAUAAUAUUGUGAUUACAUCAUUUGUAUCAGUUUACAGUAUUAAUUAUUGUUA